AUGUUGUGGACUCUCAAUAUCCUGCUGUGUGUCAUCGCACCCAUUCUCUUCAAGUCAGUGCACGGUACUGGUACAACCAGUGAACCUCAAAAGUAUGCACUGCACAUCAUAGACCUGAAUGCGGAGCAUCGUCAGCUGGCUCCCAUCAGCGGAUAUGUCCAGUUUGGAGGCAAUCUUGUGGGAGAUACCAAUAAUGGAGAAUUUGGAGAGUCUGUGGCCAUCGACCGGACAGGCACAACCAUAGUGGUCCGUGAACAAGGAACUGGCACCAUUCAUGUCUACGAGAACGCUGCCAAUGGAUGGACCCAGAAAGGUCAAGACUUGACAAGUUUUCCGAUCUUUUUUUACCUAACUAGUGGACGUUCAGUUGCAAUAUCAAGAGAUGGCAGCAUUGUUGCUGUCAGCUCUCCCAACAAUGAAGUUGUUGUUGUGUUUGAAUACGACACAAGCACAGAGAUGUGGUUGCAAAGAGGCAGUACAAUCCAAGGUGUUCAGUUGGAUGGAUCACCAAUUGAUUUAUUUGGAGUGGACAUUGCUCUCACAGCAGAUGGAAACAAAAUUGCAGUUGGGGCUUGGGCCUAUUCUACUCCAACUGCAGACGAGAUUGGGUUUGCAACAACCUACUUCUGGAAUGGCAUUGACUGGGUUCGUGAGGAUUAUCGUGGUGAUGAUUUCUCCAUACUUUCUGGACUGUAUGGAGAAACCACAUUUGCACGGGUGGGGUGGUCUGUAACACUCUCUGGAGAUGGCGAAUGGUUUGCUGUUGGAAUGCCCGGAUCUGGACCCUCUGAUUCUGACUCCACAAGGUUUGGUGAAUGCCGUGUUUACCAUUAUGACGGCUUUAUCCAACAAUCUAAUGUUAACGGUGGAGCGAUGUUUGGGUCCACUAUCAAUGACCUUUUUGUUGAUUCGGUGGCUCUAAACUAUAAUGGAAGCAUCGUUGCAGUUGGUUCUCCUGGGUUUGAUGUUGAUGGGUCUCGAAGAGUCGGCAGGGUGCAAGUCUUUCGAAGAACUGACCAAUUAUGGAUCCAGUUGGGAAGUGAUAUCAUUGGGGACGAACAAGAUGAUUACUUUGGGACCUCUAUUGAUUUAUCUGAGGAUGGCAAAACCCUGGUGGCUGGAUCUGUACAUUUUUUCAGCGAUACUAAUCCUGCUCGUGGUUAUGCUCGCAUCUACAAGUUUGAUGGCACUGAUUGGGUCAUUCAAGAGAUCAGCAGGGCCCAAGGCUUUGAUAUUGAUGGCAUCGGUGAAUUUGAUAAUUUGGGAUAUAGUGUUGCUGUUUCUGGAGAUGGCACAAAAGUCCUUGUUGGAGCACCCCGUUAUGACGACAUUCCUUCAGGAGGUCUAGAAGGUAAUGGACUUGUCCAAAUGUGGGGACAAACAGAGUUUCCCACAUUUUCACCUAUCCUGAAUCCAUUGCCUCAAGUUGGCAACCUGGGCACUGGUGGAAGCCCUGCACAGACCAGUUUGGUUAAUAGGGCAUUCACUUGGUGGCAGGGUGCAGUGGCCUAUUUGGAAGGCUUUUUGUUUGAUUAA